AGAAGUUUGGAGCUGGUGAACUGAGCUCCGGCCGAUCAUGUAGCUGCAGCUCCGUAAUUACCGAAACGGCAUUUUGCAAUUGCAAACCUUCUACUGUUUGCAGCUUGCUUCCGAGCUGUGCAACCGGCCAUUCCCUCUGCACAGCUCGCAUCUGCAAGAAAUCGGUCAGGAUUCCCAGGUGGAUGAAAAUUGGGAGGCAGCAAUUUUUUUUGCAUCUUUGUUGCAAAGCUGAAAAGGCAAAGUCUUUUGUGAUUCCCCUCCCCCUCCCAUUCCCAGCAGGGGGAAAAAGAAAAAAAUGUCGCUGUCAAAAGGAGGUAAGAAAAAGAACCGAGGGCUGAAGUUAUCAAAGGAGGUUUUCGAGCAGCCACAGGCAAGUCCCACCCCUCCCAGGGACCUGGACUCAAAGGCCUGCAUUGCUAUCGGUGAAAAGAACUUUGAGGUGAAAGCCGAUGAUUUGGAGCCACUCUCGGAGCUGGGCCGCGGUGCUUAUGGCGUGGUGGAAAAGAUGCGACACACACCCAGUGACACGCUGAUGGCCGUCAAGAGGAUCCGCGCCACAGUGAACAGCCAAGAGCAAAAGCGGUUACUGAUGGACCUUGAUAUCUCCAUGCGCACCGUGGACUGCCCCUUCACCGUUACCUUCUAUGGAGCACUUUUUCGAGAGGGUGAUGUGUGGAUUUGCAUGGAGUUAAUGGACACCUCCUUGGACAAGUUCUACAAAGAGGUCAUAGACAGGGGUAUGACUAUUCCUGAAGACAUCCUGGGAAAGAUAGCGGUAUCUAUUGUGAAGGCAUUGGAACAUCUACACAGUAAGCUGUCUGUGAUACACAGAGACGUGAAACCGUCCAAUGUCCUCAUUAACGUACAAGGCCAAGUUAAGAUGUGUGACUUUGGCAUCAGUGGCUACUUGGUGGACUCGGUGGCUAAAACCAUGGACGCAGGCUGCAAACCGUACAUGGCUCCGGAGAGAAUUAACCCUGAGGUUAACCAGAAGGGAUAUAGUGUCAAGUCUGACAUCUGGAGUCUGGGAAUCACCAUGAUUGAGAUGGCAAUCUUAAAGUUCCCGUACGAUUCGUGGGGUACUCCUUUCCAGCAACUCAAACAGGUGGUGGAAGAACCUUCUCCACAGCUUCCUGCUGACAGAUUUUCCAAAGAAUUUGUCGACUUCAGUGCCCAGUGUUUAAAGAAGAACUCCAAAGACAGACCAACAUACUCAGAGCUUAUGCAACACCUCUUCUUCACACUACAUGAAUCCAAAGAAACAGACGUGGCCUCAUUUGUGAAGCUAAUUUUGGGAGACUGACAAAUUCCCAGGCAGUGCGACGGCUUUUGCGAUUGGCCCACCUACAUGCUCUACUUUGGGAUGAAAUCGCAGGAUAUUUUCUGCCACGGAUGAUCUUGGAAAUUUGUCAGCAGCAGCAGAACAGUACGGGCGGUCGCUCUGCAACAGGAAGGCUGGCUAGAAGUUGGCGCGGACUGCCUCCCAGGGUCUGAACUGAGCUGGUCUCCCAUCGUGAACCUGACACCAUAUGGUUGCCAGGCCAUAGUCCUCGCUCCGCCGACAGCAGGCUGAUGAUUUAUAUUACAUAAUUGGUCAUGUGGCUGCCAUUGGACACGUAACGUCAUAGAACAUCACAGCACAGCCGAGCGUUGUCCCUUGGCCUGUGAUGUUGUGCUGACUUUUUGACUCCUCUAAGAUCAAUCUAACCCUUCCCUCCUACACCACUUUGUAAGUUUCAGUGAGCUUGCUGUAAAUUCUGUUAACGUAAUGCUGGGUUUCAUCUCCCCCUCAUCAGCAUUGAAUUAAGUAAAUGGAUGUGACGCUGACUCAGUGCUAAUUUUAAACUAAUUUAUGUGUACAACCCACGGACUGUUAAAUAAAGUGUUAUAUGUUUGAAGUAUUUAUGAAGAUUGAAAAUGAUCCUUGCAGACAAAUUAAAAGGAAUACUGCAGCUUUAAAAGGGGACAUGAAAAAAAAUAAAGAGAAUGUUUUUGCUUGUUCAGCAUUUUUCUAUUUAGGAUGAUUGAGUUGUUAAUCUAAGGAAAAUUUCUUUAAGCCUUUCAUAUGUCUUAAGUCAUGUGAUUUCUGACCUCAUAAAGCUAUCUGUUUCAGAGUGAAGUAGAGUAUUGAUAGGCUAUCAGUUAAAAUUAAUGUCCCAUUGAUCAAUUUGAUUCACUCGAGGUCACCAGGACAGGAACCUUAUUCCUCUUGUUUCUUCAUGUGCUUUAUCCCUUAGCUGUGGAGAGAGUUGAAGCCCACUGACGUUAAUGGGUGCUAUCGUAUCCCAUGUACUCGAGGUUCAUUUUGAUUUCAAAGCCUUCAGUCCUUGUGUAUAAUGUAUUUUGUCUGUUUGGAAAGUUAGUACACAACUUAUGACUGCACACAAAAUGCUGGAGGAACUCAGCAGGUCAGGCAGCAUCUAUGGAGAAGAAUAAACAGUUGCCAUUUUGGGCCGAAACCUUUCAUCGGGACUGGAAGGAAGGGGGCAGAGCCAGAAUAAGAAGGUGGGACUUGGCCAGAAAUGUCAACUGUUUAUUCAUCUCCUACUGAGCUCCUCCAGCAUUUUGUAUGUGUGUGUGUAUGUUACAGUGGAUUUCUGGUAUCUGCAGAAUCUCCUGUGAAAAUAAUUUAUUAAUCUGUUACUGAACUAGACUUGAAUGCAGACAAAAUCCUUCCCCAGUGAUACUCUUUUCCUUGCCAAAGAAAAAUUAGAAAUACAGUUUAUGAAACCUGCCGGGAUAUGUACAAAGGGAAAAGUAAUGCUGAAAAUGAAUUGUUCAGAUUUAGCCUGAUGCCCUUUGACAUCUCUUCAGUUUGUCCACACACUUCAUUGUUUUGUUGAUUCCAUCUUCCAUUGUAGAUUAGCUUUUACCCAGGUGGUUUUGAGAUAAAGUGACUGAAGUUGGGAUGCAAUUUGGCUGUGUGCUCUUCGUUCCAGAUUAUGAUUAGAGGGAUUAAUCAUCUCUCUCUUUCUCCCUAAUGAGGUGCAGCAGCAGCUAAUUGCGUUGAGACCUUUGCCCGUCCAAAGUACUUCCUUCCACUUUGCUUGCCAGCCCACUGUGUCUAUAAUCUGAAAACUAGCCUUGUAUUCUCCCCCCCCCCCGAAGUGCGAGAGUGUUGCCCAGUUAAACAAGGGGCAGUUUGUGGACUUGCAUUGUCAGAGGAAAGUCCAAUCAGAACUGAGUACGUUGGAAUGACAAAUGAUGCAUGAGAACUAAAUUUAUGGUGUAAUACAGCAUGGAAGUAGGCUUUUCGGCUCAACUUGUCCAUGCUCUGUUGCCCGCCAAGCUAGGCUUGUUUGCCAGCGUAUUGCCCAUAUUCCUCUGAACCUAAAGCUGGUCGAGUCAAGUGUAUGUUUCUAAUAUCAAUAGUACAAGUUACCAUUAAGUUUUAAAACGGCCUUUUUUUUUGAAUGGUUCAAUCCAAAUGGGAACUUUGUAUUUUAAUUUUCUUUUCAAGUAUCUUGCCAACUUUGUGCUUUUGUAACAGACCUACAGCUCAGCGCCAGUCAGUGAGUUUGAGGCAGGACUGUAUUCCACAGUAAACAAACACGUGGCCACGUACGGAUUAGGCCCACCAAAAUUAAUCUCAGUCUUGAGCAGCCACCUUCCUGAUUGACAGGGGGAUCACCCAGUCACCACCACUUUGGCUGUCUUGUGAACUACACUCAGUGGCCACCUAUUGGGUACACUUGCUGAUUAAUGCAAAUAUCUAAUCAACCAAUAAUGUGACAGCAAUUCGAGGCCUAAAACCACGUAAAGAUGGUCCAGAUGGUCAGUUGUUUAGACCAAACAUCAGAAUGGGGAAGAAAUGUAAUCCAAGUGACUUCGACUGCAGAAUGAUAGUGCAAGGUGGGAUGGGUUUGAGUAUCUCUGAAACUGCUGAUCUCCCGGGAUUUUCUAGAGUUUACAGAGAAAGGUGCAAAAAAUUUUAAAAACUCAUCCAGUGAGUGGCAGUUCUGUGGGCGAAAACGCCUUGUUAAUAAGAGCGGUCAGAGGAGAAUGGCCAGACUGGUUCAAGCUGACAGGAACUCAAAUAGCCACACGUUACAGCAGUGGUGUGCAGAAGAGCAUCUCUGAAUGCGCAGCCCCAUCGAACCUUGAAAGUGGGUGGGCUACAGCAGCAGAAGAUCACACUGGGUUCCACUCCUGUACCCAAUAAACUGAUCACUGAGUGUAUCUACGCACCCUUCUUGAUAAUUGAGUUUUCAAACCUUAUGUGUAAAUAAGAAAUAUGGUUGGCUGAAAUGCAAUGUCAAAUAGACACUGUUCUGGAAUGAAAUGAUAAUUAUAGAGCCAUAACGAAACUAGAAUGCCAAUUGUAGGUUUUCUGAGCGCACUCUUGAAGUUUGUUCUGCCGGUGUCUGAGACGUUGUGUAUUGCUUAAGCUGUGCUCUGGAGCUGCUGUGAUCUAUAUUCAAAAGGGAUGAGCAUGUAGUAUGCUGUUUGGACUUUUAUUCAGAUUAAUUAGCUCAAAUGUGGUAAUGGAAAUGAUGUGUCAUUUGAGUGACUGAUUUAUAUUAUUACACUUGAGGAGAAGGUUGCCUCUUCUGAAGGAGGAGCUGAUGCACUGGGAAAGGUUGCAGCAUAGUGACCUCUGAACCAACGAUCUGGCCCAAGUCCCAUGCUGUCCACAUAGAGAGAGGAAACACCUCCUCAGUGCAUCUUCAAAGCACAUUUGUUAUCCAAGCACGUAUAUGUCACCGUACACUACUCUGAGGUGCAUUUUCUUGCAGGCAUUCACAUAGAACAAAGAAAUACAAUAAAAUCAGUGAGAAACUGUGCACAAAGACUGACUGAUGUGCAAAAGAUGACAAACUGUGCAAACGCAAUAAAUAACUAUGGGUUGUAGAGUCCUUCAAAAUGAGGGCAGAGGUUGUGGAGUCACUCAGAGGUGAGGUGAGUGCACCAGUUCAGGAGCCUGGUGGUUGAAGAGUAAUGACUGUCUGUGUACCUGGUGGAGUGGGACCUGAGGCUCCUGUACAUCCUUUCUGAUGGCAGCAAUGAGGAGAGAGCUUAGCCUGGAUGGUGGGGUUCAUGGAGUCAUAGAAAAGUACAGCACAGAAACAGGCCUUUCAGCCCAUUUCAUCCAUGCUGAAGUAUUUAAACUGCCUAGUCCCAUUGAUCAGCACCUGUGCCAUCGACCUCCAAACCCCUCCUUAUCCAUGUGUCUAUCCAAGCUUCCAUUAAAUGUUGAAAUUGAACUUGCAUGCAGCACCUCGGCUGGCAGCCCGUACACUCUCUCACCACCCUCUGAGUGAAAAGUUUCCCCUCAUGUUCCCCUUAAACUUUUCACUUUUCAUCCAUAACCCAUGACCUCUAGUUAUCCCACCAACCUCAGUGGAAAAAAUCUGCAUGCAUUUACCCUAUCUAUACCCCUCAUAAUUUUGGCUAUCUCUGUCAAAUCUCCCUUCAAUCUCGUUUGUUCCAAGGAAUAAAGUCCUAACCUUUGAUGACCUUGAUGAUGGAUGCUGCUUUCUUGUGGCAGUGCUCCAUCUUGCUGUGCUUACACCUCUCAGUAAUGAGCUAAGGUCAUGGAUAGAGUUGCGAUCUCCCUCGGCCUGACAGGCAAAUCCUUUGAUGGUCAGCUCCUCCAUCACAAGUAUACAGGCAGUCAUCAGUUCCUCGCUAUCUGCAUGACAUUACCAGCCAGGACUCCAACCUUUAUAGCAGCAACUUAAAGUUUCAAGACUGCACAGUCUUUACUAAUUACUAAAUCCUCACAUGCUUGAGAUCAUCCAGGUUUAUAUUAACUUGUUGUCAUUUAUUUUAAAUCUGAUCUACUUUUAUUUUUGCUCCUGCAAACACUUUAAUCGGACUCAAUUUAAAUUAAGAUUAAUUUGGACAAUUUUUUAAAAGCAACCUAUCCCGAUAUUUUGCAGGGUGAUUACCUUUGUGAAGAUUGGGGUUCGGUGCAGACGUCUUUAAGAAAAUAAAAUCUAGCCCUGUCCAGAAUACCUUCUAGUUAAAAACAAUAAUUCAGCUCUUCCUCUGUUUUGUUUCUCCAGCAGUUUGCUGUCUUGUGUCUGAGCUAGAGUGGAAACUGUUGCUAAAAAUUAGGAUCAUUGUUGGUGAGAUUAUUUCUUCAUUUCAUGCCCUGAUCUCUAGAGGAUCCUCAUUUGCAUUCUGAUUUAUCCAAGGAAGUAAACAGAACAUCAUGUGCUUGGCAAUAAUUGAAUGGUGAUGAUGUAGUAGGCUAACUAGACCGGGUAGUUUACUCUGCCAUUGUGCCAAGUUCAGAGGCCAUUUGAAAAAUAAAAGAAAACAGAUAGUGGAAGUCAAAAAAUUUUUUUUUUAACUCAGGAAAUAUUCAGCAGGCCAAUUGGGGAGGGAGAAACAGAGCUAACAUUUUAGGUUGCUGAUAUUUUAAUUAGAACUAGGAACGAUAUUAAAGGAGAAAUGUGUUACAGAGAAUUGGUGGUGGUGGAAGAUGAGGUAGUGGUGGAGUGGGCAGUGGGAAUGUCUCUGAAAAGAUGGAGACCAGAGUGACUGGAUUAUCGGGAAAGUGACAUUGGCCGAGGAGAACGUGAGGAAGGGCAUCACAUCUUCUACUUUGCAGCCCUUCGGACUCAACACUUAUUUCAGAUAACCUGCCUUACCAGUUUGUGUUUCAGAACUGGCCAAUUCUGAUGAAUUGUUAUUGGAUCUUUAACUCUGUUCAUUUCUUUAACAGGUGUUACCUGAACUGCUGAAUAUUUCAGCUAUCUGUAUUUUAGAUUUCCAGCCAAUACAAGGUUCUAUAGCUGACUGUUCCAGAAUUGCUUUUUCACUUUCUCCUCUAUUGUCACUCAUUUUCAGUUUACACUCUACCAGGCAGGCCAGCUUUCACCUCCCUCUGAAGCGUCUGUGUUAUUCAGUCUGUUUUGACCUCUGCCCUAUCAUGAACAUUUCCUUUCUUUGUAACCUAAAGGGCAGCACGGUGGCAUAGCAGUUAGCACAGCGACCCGAGUUCAUUUCUCGCCACUUCCUGUGAGGAGUUUUUCUGUUCUCCCUGGGACUGUGGGGGUUUCCUCCCACAGUCUAAAGCCAUACUGAUUGGUAGCUUAAUUGAUCAUUGUGAAUUGACCCAUGAUUAGGUAUGCAUUAAAUUGUAGGUUGCUGGGCAGUGUGGCUCAAAGGGCCAGAAGGGCCUAUUUCGUGCUGUAUCUCGAUAAAUAAAUAAAUAAUAAAUAGCGCCUUUGAUUUCUUCGCUACACACAAAAUGCUGAAGGAACUCAGCAGGUCAGGCAGUAUCAAUGAAUGGAAAUACACAAUGAACGUUUUGGGCUGAGACCCUUUAUCGGGACUGGAGAGAAAUGAGGCCAAUUCUGCAGAAUCUCUUGUCUUUGAUUUCUAGUUGUUUCUUAGUUUUGAUGUAAGGUCAUCAACCUAAAACUCUUUAUAUUUUAAAAUAACAUGACUAAAAUAUCAAAAAAAAAACUGAAGGUGAAAAUCAGUUUCUCUCUCCACAGAUGCUGCCUGACCCAUUGAAUAUUUCUUGCAUUUUCUGAAGCGAUCUGGCAGUCUAGUUUGAAGGAUGUAAUAAUCGUUAAUCCCACUCAACUGCACAAAUCCUGGGGUUUUGGGGGAUGUGUAGCAUUUAUUUGAAAAACAACCCAAAACUACUGCGACUGAGUGAAGGACUUGACACUGUAAGACGCGCUUCCAAAUAACCAAGUUCCAAGUUGGGAAAAGUACGUUUGAUUCAUUAUAAUGAAACUAGGAAAGAUGAGUGAUCGAAGUGAUCAUUAUCAAUGAAACUAAUGGAAUUAGUGGUCUCAGAAUUACUGUAAUUAGUGAUAUAAGCAGAAUAAACAGUCUAACUAAACUAUUGCCACAAAGGGUGGAUAUGUAACUCUACUCAUUUGCUUCUCUACCACUCCCCAACCCUCGUGUCAAAUUACCGCAGCCCAUAAUAAAACAUGCAACAAAGAUACAAUACAAACGGAAAAUAAAUACAUGGCUCCUGCAGGGAGGUUUCAGAGACGCUUCUGAUGUGCCUGUUUACGGCUUGGUGCCCCCCACCAACUGGGUUGUGCUAUAGCAGUCAGGUGACUUCUCCAGCCUCUGCAGAUCAUUGUGAAGUAAGAAAGGGAAUAUCCUGUCAUUAAUACACUUAGAAAAUGGAGAAGGGGAGAGCACAAGAACAGGCCCAUUAGCCCACCAUGGCUAUGCUGCCAAUCAUGCCCCAUCAAGUGUCCUAUCUGCACGUGAUCUAUAGCACCGUAUUCCCUCUGUUACUGGGAGCAGUAUGGCAGUGUGGUUAGCAUAACGUUUCAAGAUUGUGGUUCAAUUCAUGCUCCUGUCCAUGAGGAGUUUGUAUGUUCUCUCUGUAACUGCGUGGGUUUCCUCUGGAUGCUCUGGUUUCCUCCCAUGUUCCAGUUAGGGCUAGUAAAUUGUGGGCAUGCUAUGUUGGCAUCGGAAACACAUUGAUAUUUGUGGCUGCUCCAGCACGUCCUGGAUGCAAGCGAUGCAAUGAAUUGUAUGUAUUGAUGUUUCAAUAUACAUGUGACAAAUUUCUCUCCCAUUUUUGUUCAUGUCAGAAAGUCUAGUAAACAUUGCUUCCACCUGUCCUGGCAGUGCGUUCCAGGCACCUCCCAUCAUCUGUUUUUUAAGAAACUUGACUCACAGAUCUCAUUUAAAUGUUUUCCCUCACAUCUUAAAGCUGUGACCUCUAAUAUUUGACAUUUUUCCCUGGGGUGGAGAGAGACACUUUCUACCCUAUCUAAGCCUUUCACAAUUUUAGAUACUUCCCUCAUGUUGCCCCUCAAACUAUUAAUUUUCUCCUGCAUCAUUGAAAUAUUAUGUAGCUGUGUUUUGGGGGGUUGAGCUCAGAGAAUCCAUUGUACCCAAAAAAAAGUGGGCACAGGAGUGGAGCGCUGAUGGGCAUUACUGGCCCAGUGGUUGGGCCUUGGACAUUGUUGACUGGACAUCGCCCAUUUUGAAUUUUUUUUGGUCCCGCCCUGUUCUCUGCUCCACUGUUGAGUUCAGGGUGGCAAUAGUCCUAGGUUUGACUGUGCCACUGCUCUGCCCGAGUUUAGAACGGUGGCGGAGAGUGAUCUUUACACUGAUGGGCAGAAUUGGGGAUGCAAACACAAGUUGAUGGUGAAUCAACAGUCUUGACGGGUGGGGACAAAAUGGAGAUCAGAGAUGGUAGUUUAAAGGAUGAGGGGCUGGAUAGUUGUCUUAACUCAUGGGGAUCCUGUAUCGUCACUGUACUGGGAUCCCCACUUCCCUCCAUUGUUCCUGAAAGAUCCAACAGGUACUUCAAGAACAGCGAUCCCAAUUUUCUGUGCAAAACUCAAUUAGAGUCUUAAUCAGGCACAAGACAUUGGCAGUAUUGGCACUAGUUGUAACUGGAAGAGUUUAAAAAAAAAUUUCAAAAAUAAAUCUCAAUAAAAAUACAUAUAAAUAGAAUUGACAAAAACAGUGCAUGGUUCCUUACAUUGGUUGAGUCAUUCAGUCUGUUUACAGUGUUCAUGGUUGUAUAUAUUGGUAGCAUUUGCACAUUUUUAUAUACAGUACAUGGUACCUUUGCCAGUCAUGUGGCCUCCUGGUGUGAUACGAACCAGUAAUUUGAGGGAAUUCCACAUUGGGUCAGCCCCUCAAUGUCCAUUAGCAGAGGGACAAGCUGAUGCAGAGACAGGUGGAGCCUGUUCAUCUCAGUUUAAGUUCAGCACAGGUGUAAUCCCGGACGUCCUGAGCCAGUGCUUAGCAAAACAUGACUGAAUUGCACGUUUAUAGCAGUUACACCUGCUUUGACCUCACCGUGUGUGUGAAAUCAGUGAGACUACAGCAGCAGGUUGGGGUGUUGAAGUACAAAAGUCUUUGCAUGCAGUUACACUUCCAUGUUAUUUACACCAGUGUAAGAUAACAUUUGGCUUGAAUCUAGGCCUGCCUACAUAGAUGGCCGUUCUGAUUAUAACAAGGAUGUUGGAUAUUUAUUUAUUUGGAGAUUCAGCAAGGUAGAAGUCUAUACCGCCCAAUUGUGCACAUGUGAUCAAUGACCCUACUAACCCCUGUGUCUUUGGGAAGUGGGAAGAAACUGGAGCACCCAGAGGAAACCCAUGCAGUCUUUGGGAAAACGCGCAAACUCCUAUCAGGCAGCAGGGGGGUGUGAACCAGACUGCUGGCGCUGUGAAGCUUUACGCUGCCAUGAUACGUCUGCUCAAAGCAAACUGAGCUUUUUAGGUGCACAAGUUGGUACUUUUGAAAACUUAAUGUGUUUAAAAAUAGUUUGUUUACAAAGAAACUAAAUGGUGUACACCACAAAAACUAGUAAACCAAUGCAAGUUUUAUUUAAAUAAUUAGCAAUCGGGUUACUCAGAGAUAAUGCAUUCAAACCUUAUUCACAAGUAUUUGUAUGGAUAAAGGCAAUUUUAGUGAAAGUAGGUCAGGUUACCACUCUCAAAACUAUCAACUAAUAAAUUUUCAUUUAAUGUAUAAGUGAGGCCAUCCUGUCUUGUUACAUUGCUCUGUUAAUCCAUGGAAGAUUUUGCAGGUGAAUUUUGACAGCAGGUGAAAUUGUCACACAACCAGCACCAAAACCUGAUUUGUUGAUGCUGGUGUUCAAUGUUUGGUUUCAGUCUACUGUGAAGUAGCCAGAAGAUGGUGCUGUUAGAGCACACAAAGUACUGCCUCAUUGCUUUGUUGACCAUUGUCUCAGCAGAAACCCAUGCUCGGUAAGCAUCUUUGUAGGUCCCAGUUCCUACAAUACCUGGCUUUGUACUGUGGCAUAGAUUAAUGUUUGAGGGCUAAAAUAGAUUAAAGCCUAUGUCACCACAUAUUACCUUGAGAUCCAUUUUCUUGAAGGCAUUCACUGUAGGAUCAGGAAAGAUAAUACAAUCAGUGAAAAGUUAUGCACAAAGACCGACAACCGAUGUGCAAAAGGAGACAAGCUGCAAGUAAAAAGGUGGAUAAUUAAUUAAUUAAUACUGAUAACAUGAGUUGUAGUCCUUGAAUACGAGUCCAUAGGUUGUGGAAUGGGAAAAUACAUCUUUUCGCCAUUAAAGUAAGAAAUGCAAUCAUUCUAUGGGCUGAAGGGGAAAGAUUACUAGAAAUUUUAGGUAGUCCAAAGAUAGCAGUAAUAGGGUGAGGAGAGAUAUCUAUAUUUAAUACCUUAGAAAUAAUAUUGAAAAUAUCUCUCCAAAAAGUUUCCAAAGUAGGGCAAGACCAAAACAUAUGAGUUAAAGAGGCUAUCUGCCCGGAACAUCUAUCACAGAAAGGAUUAAUAUGCGAGUAAAAACGCGCUAACUUAUCUUUGGACAUAUGUGCUCUAUGCACCACUUUAAAUUGAAUUAGGGAAUGUUUAACACAAAUAGAAGAAGUAUUAACUAAUUGUAAAAUCUGCCCCCAAUCAUCCACAGAAAUGGUAAGCCCCAAUUCCUGUUCCCAAUCUACCCUAAGAAAAAAGCAUGGCCUGGAUGGUGGGGGUCCUUGAUGGUGGAUGCUGCUUUCUUGCGGCAGUGCUCCUUGUGGCUGUGCUCAAUGGUGGGAGGGCUUUGCCUGUGAUGGACUGGGACUGAAAUAAAAGGCUUUAGCUUUGUGUUAGCUGAGUAGUAUUAAGUGUUAUUUGGUAACUGGAAAGACAUAAUAAACAAUACUGUGCAAAAGUCUUAGGCACCCUUGCUAUAUAUAUGUGCCUAAGACUUUUGCACAGUACUAUAAUUAUAAAGGCAAACAGGGAAGAAAAUAGCAACUCCACUAAAGUGUGCUUUAUAUGGUCAAUCAAAUACUUUUAUAAAUGCUGUUGUGUUGGAAAAACAAAAGAUAGUAUCAGAAAAUUAAAUCAGUUUGCUUUGACUGUUGUAGAAUAAAAAGGAGACGGAGAUUUUGACUCCAUCGUGACCUGUUUGCAUUUGCUACAUACAGUGGGGAGACUCCAAAUAGUCUUGUCACAGAAGUCCAUUUUGACAGAACACACUGUACAUUUUUCUACAUUACUUUAAGCCCAUUCUGUGAUCUAAACAGCUGUGGAAUUUUCUGUUCUCAUUGGCUUUCCACUGCUUACAAAGUUCAGUGAAGCGAUUCACCUCUGUUCUCUUGAAAUGCCAGAGCCUUACCCCGGUAUAAUCACUGAUGUGGUGCUGGCUUUCACCCUUGGCCAGGUUCACUAUGCUGCAGAUUCCCACUCAUUGACCUUUGAACCGCAGUACAGCCGUCCAAGUCUGUACCAGUGGCUAUUUGUACAUCAUAUCUGAUUGUUGCUGUAAGAUGUUUGUAAAGAAUUAUCACUGAUUUUGGAAAACAAAUAUAUAUUCAGGUUUCUCAUUGUAAUUGUGUGAAAUUGUACUGAUUUAA